CGGUGGUGUUAGGAUUCUAUCCCUAAAUCUCCAUUUCUCCCUCCCUCUCUCUCUCUCUCUCUUUAUCUCUCUCUGAGCUAUUGCUCUCUCAUUUCUCCUCGUUUCCAAACACCUUUCAAAGCGAAAGAACAACAACAUCGAGCAUGAAUCAAUACCACAUAUAUGAAGCAAUCGGCAAGGGCAAACAUUCUACCGUUUACAAAGGACGGAAGAAGAAGACGAUCGAGUACUUUGCCGUGAAGAGCGUUGAUAAGUCGCAGAAAAACAAGCUUCUGCAAGAAGUACGGAUCCUUCAUUCCUUGAGUCAUCCGAAUGUACUCAAAUUUUAUUCCUGGUAUGAAACUUCGGCCCACUUGUGGCUUGUAUUGGAGUAUUGUGUUGGCGGAGAUCUGCUGACUUUGUUGCACCAGGAUAGUCAGCUUCCUGAGGAUUCUUUACAUGAUCUAGCCCGUGACCUUGUCAAAGCUUUGCAGUUCUUGCAUUCAAAGGGGAUCAUUUACUGUGACUUGAAGCCAUCAAACAUCCUACUGGAUGAGAAUGGACGUAUGAAGCUAUGUGAUUUUGGAUUAUCAAGACGACUAAAUGAAAUAUCGAAGAGUUCUCUUUCCACGCUUCCACAGGCGAAGCGUGGAACUCCGUGCUACAUGGCACCCGAGUUGUUUCAGGAUGGAGGUGUUCAUUCCUAUGCUUCCGAUUUCUGGGCACUUGGCUGUGUCCUAUAUGAAUGCUACAGUGGAAAACCUCCCUUUGUUGGGAAGGAGUUCACACAGCUUGUAAAAUCUAUUCUCUCAGAUCCAGUACCUCCUCUCCUGGAUAAUCCGAGCAACAAUUUUGUAAGCUUAAUAAACUGCCUACUGAUAAAAGAUCCUGCUGAAAGAGUGCAGUGGCCUGAGCUUUGCCAGCAUGAUUUUUGGAAAACCAAAUUCACUCCUGUGCCUCUACCUCCCCAGCCUGCCUUUGAUGAUAUGGUCCAACUAUUAUCUAAACCAUAUCUUUCCGAACGGAACAGUGAUAAACCUCUCCAACAGAGGACACCCCCUAAAAAUCGUGAAAGGGAUCCUUGUGGAGUUAUUAAGCAGGAUGGGAAUUUCAAUAUCAGAAGCAAAGGAUUUGAGACGCCGGCUAAAAAUUUGGCCAGUGGUAGAAGGAUUCAGACAAAGGCAUCUGACAAAGUUAUGGAGGAGAAGCAGAAAGAAGCAACAAAGGAAGUGAAUCUUCUUAGGUUGUCGAGGAUAGCAAAAUCAAACCUCAGGAAGGAGAACGAGAAGGAAAACUAUAGGAGGCCAUUGCCUGAAAGCUCUGAGAAUGAUGCUGAAGUGAAAAUUGAGAACAAUGACAUGGAGCUUGAUUUUGGUGAGAACUCGGAGGAAGAUGCACAUGACGAAUCCGAUAAUCGGCCUUCGACUCCUGGAGAGAAAUUUCCAAUUCAAACUCAUGAUCAUGAGAGGGUUGAAGAGAUGAUUAAUAACUCAAAUCAAUCAAAUAUCCUAGCCGACAGUGAUAUGACCAUUCCUGAGGAUCCAAACACACUUGAACGUGAGUCGUGUUCAGAAAAUGUCGAAGUGGCUGCUACCCCGCCCAGUGUUGGGCUUCAAAGGAGAGGUCAGCGCAUCAAAACGGGUUCAGGGAGUGUGCCGGAUUCAGAUUUGUCCAAUUCAUCUCCUAAUCUCUCACAAGCACAUUGGCAUCCAUCUGAUCUCUCAGUCAGACCAGUUAUGCCUAGCAGGAAAGGUGACAAAGCUUCGGAGGCAAUGCCCCUGCUUCCCUUUGAUGCACCCAAUGCAUAUGACUUUGUGAAGCUACCUUCUGAGCAGCUGGAUGCUCUCAACAAUCGGAUCAUACUCAUUUUGAAUGGAAAUUCUCCAGUCUCAGAGAAGCAGAACACGAUUAGAUACCUGGAGAUGUUGAGCGGGCAUGUUGAUGCUGCAAAUACCUUAACUAAUGGAUCGAUAAUGCUGGUGCUUGUCAAAAUGUUGCGCCUAUCCAAGGUUUCUGUUCUCCGUGUUCAGCUUGCUUCAUUGAUUGGCUUGUUGAUCCGACAUUCCACUUUCAUUGAAACCGAUCUGGCAAGUUCUGGAAUCAUGGGUGCGCUGACAGAUGGGCUAAGAGAUAAACAGGAAAAAGUGAGGAGGUUUUCUAUGGCUGCUUUGGGCGAGCUGCUAUUCUACAUCUCUACUCAAAAUGAGCAUGCUAGAGAUGGCACUGCCCUAGAGUCUCCAUCAAAGGACAGCCGAUCUACAACAGGCUGGCAGGUACCCAGUCCACUGAUUGCGUUGGUUUCCUCCAUUUUGCGUAAAGGAGAGGAUGAUGUUACUCAGUUGUACGCUUUAAGAACGAUAGAAAACAUCUGCAGUCAAGGAGGGGAUUGGGCUGCUCGGUUUACCAGCCAGGAUGUAAUCGGAAAUCUGUGCUACAUAUAUAAGGCCACAGGAAAACAGGAGAGCACGAGGCUUACUGCUGGAUCUUGUUUGGUACGCCUGGCACGUUUCAGCCCUCCAAGCAUACAGUCAGUAUUUGAGAAGCUUUCAUUCAAGGAGAUUGCCACUGCUCUCGUCAAGGGUAGUCCACGCGAGCAGCAAAUCAGUUUAAACCUUCUGAACAUUGCAUUGUCUGAAAGUCACUUAUUUACGAACAUGGGUCGGCACAUUCUGUCAUUGUUUGAGGAGAAACAACUGCUUCCGAGCCUUAUAUCCCUUAUUGAGCAGGGAACUGAAGCGUUACGUGGGAAAGCACUUGUUUUUGUGGCUCUCCUUUGUAAGUGUAGCCGCAGAUGGCUGCCCCAGUUCUUUUGCAAUGCCAGAUUACUCUCAGCAGUGGACCGGUUGGCAAAAGAGAAGGAUAGCUACUUGAAGCAGUGUAUGGGGGCUUUUGUGCAUGCAGUGGCUGCCACUGUGCCCUGGUUGAUGGACGCUAUAUCUGGGGAUAUUCAGCAGAUGAUGGGAGGGAAGCGCCAUGGACAGAUUGCUGCCCUGACCGGCAGAACUAAUCCAAGGACGAAUAUUCACUUAUUGCCUGUCAUUCUCCAUCUUCUUGGAAGCGCUUCUUUCAAGCACAGGGUGGUGACCAGUCAGGUCUUGCAGCAGUUGGCGAAUCUCCUCAAGCUUCUGGAAGCAUCUUUCCAGGGAAGAGAUGACUUCCAGAUAACCCUGUUGCGGAUUCUUGAGUCGAUCACAGAAGAGCCUUCUGUCAUUCUUGAAGACCCUAAAAUUUUCAUCAGUCAAGUUCUUCCAAGUUUGGCCAUCUUGUACAAUGGCAACAAAGAUGGAGAUGCCAGAUUUUUGUGCCUGAAAAACCUGUUCGAUGUCAUGGUUGUAUUCUUAAAUGAUUUCUCAGAUACAAUGGCAUCUGAAGAUAAGCAAAGAUCAAGUGAUCUGAAGUUACUAUCAUACAAGUAUUUCCUCCCUCUCUACCCGUUCCUGAUCGAGGAUGAAGAUCCCAUACCCAUGUAUGCACAGAAGCUACUGGUAAUGCUCAUUGAGUUUGAUUUUGUUAAAGUCUCGGAUAUUCUGCAGCCGAAGACAGUCUCUCAGUGCUUUGAGUUUCUGCUUGGUGAUCUUGCUAGUGCAAAUGUUAAUAAUGUGAAGCUCUGCUUGGCUCUGGCAUCUGCUCUGGAGAUGGAAACAAAGAUACUCUCACAGUUACGAGUGGUCCGGCGGAUAGGGAAUCUGCUGGAGUUUGUGAAUGCGAAGGAGAUGGAAGAUUUUCUAGAACCGACCCUGGGCCUAUGCAAGGUAUUCAUUCGACGUGCAAUAGGCUGCAGAAAAGGCAGUGAUUAUUCAAAAGAGCCUGAUCUCUUAAGUAAUGCUACCUUUGACAUGAGUGUUGCAGUCGAUUCCAUAAAGGACAUAUCUGAUUUUGGUAGCAACAUUGGUGUCUUCUUGGAGUUGUGUGGGACCCAAGAAGUGCAGAUUGCAGAUUUGGCAUCGGACUGUCUGGUCUUGCUAAUGAAGGCAGCACCGAGGGAGGCCACGACAGGGCUGCUGACAAAUCUUUCCAAGAUAAGCAACAGCCUUGAAUUCUGUUGUCAGGCUGGAGACUCCAGUUUACUGCUGCUGCGCCUGCUUCAUGCCCUUGGGUUUUCUUGUAGGCAAUACCUGUCUCAGGCAAUGAUACUGUCGAUUUCCAUAGCAGAUGUCACGAGAAUUGAAACCAUUCUUUCUGAUCUCAGAAGCUCAAGUAUUCGUGGUAUCGCAGAUGCAGCUUCUAUUGUGUGGGUGGAAUUGCAGCGGCUGCCUCGCUACAUUUGAGAUCAGGAGGAUAUCGGCAUCCAUGUCAUGAUUCAUUUGGAUUGGAGUUUUAUAGCCUCCAGAGGCCAGAAGGUCUCAAAGAGCAGGUAUAAACACCGCUGUUGUUGUUGUAUAGAAGGUCGACAUAAGAUGCUUGUAAAAGAACAAUUGAUAUGUUAUACUGGUGGCCCGCUACUAAAGACUGAUAUGAGGAUUAUGGCUGCUGGAAUUACAGACGUCAAAGGUAUUGCCAAUGAUGAUGUGAUACUACUACUUGUCUUCAUCCAUUCAUCGGAAAAAUCUUUUGUUAAUAGACAGUUGUGCAUGGUUGCAACCUCACCGUGCACAGGUAUAUAGUAAUGUACGGGCUUAUACAUUCAAUCAUGCGACCCAUUCUUAUUUACGUGUAUUAUCAUAUCAUGUAUAUGAAUGUGUAAGGUUAAGAUGGCCAUGGGGACAUUGAUACGACAUUGCUUACUGUUAAUGUUCUUGCAUGGUUUUUGUUCA